AUGCCCGGUGCAGCAACGUCAAGAGUUCAUCCACCACCGGACGACGGUGCGAUGCCGAACGCGAGGGGAACUCCCCAGCGGGACAUCUCCGCCGCCAGCUCGGCGGCGGCCAGUGCGCGCGCCUCGCCGCUCCAGAGCCGUCGCGGCACGCUCGACAGCGUGGAGCUGGUGGAGCGUUACCGGUAUGCGAAAAACCCCAACCGCAGCGGGUCCCGCUCGCCGAGCCUGUACGAGCCGCGGCGGCGCCUGUCCAGCUUCGGUGCGCAGAAGCGCGUCUUUCUCGACCUGCUGCGCAAGCACGGCAGCAAGCUGUCCCUCAGCAGGAAGUUCUCCGAGGUGUCGACCAAGACGGAUGAGCUCACGCGAGAAAAUCGGAAGAUGCAGCGAGACCGCAUCCUGGCGAGGAAUCAUCUCGGCACGGCACUGUCGGCACUGUACGCCAAGCUUCUAAUCAUAAUGGGUGUAACGCUGCCGGUGACGGAGCUCGUCGCCAGCGGCGCACCGGCUAACUUCCAUCAUCCGUUCUAUCUCUACCUGCACGGCGUCUCCAUCCUGUUCUGCACCUACCUGUACGUGGCACGCUGGAGACGCCAAGCCCACCUCGACUUCCUCGCGCAGUGUCCAGACGGGGCCGAAGGAGCGGUCAAGCCCGCUGCACCGGUGCCCGCACACUCCCACAGCGGCUCGUUCUAUCUGCGCAUCGGUGCGAUUGCGUUCGGCAUCGGCAGUCUGGUGUACUCUGCCCUAGAUUUCGGCCAAUACUUCGAGCUGGACGGUAAGCAUCCGCCUCUGCCGGGGGAAGAUGACGAUGGGUGUCGCAAUUUCCUGGUCGCCCUAAUGCCCGCCGUCCGCAUGCUGCUGUGCGUGGUCCAGAUGCAGUUCAUCAUCGUGACCGGGAAGGAUUUCGGGCUGGAUCGGCACGCGUUCGUUUCCCGCUUCGGUCUGAUGCACAUGCUGGCGUCGAACGUGUGCGAGUGGCUGUACGUGCUGGUCGAGGAGGCGAAGCAUGAAAUCGUGCACCUCGACCACAGCCUGCAGACCAACCGGACCGACCAUGCGAGGACAGGAUCAAAGCCACAGCUGCCGGGCGCGCAGUGCCGGAGCACCAACAUCAUGAGCACGCUCGUCCAGAACGCCGCACCGUUCCUGUUUCCCUGCACCAUCGAGUACUCGCUGAUCUGUGCGCUCACGAUGUACGAGCUCUGGAGCGCGCUGAACCGCACCACGGACCCGACGCGCAAACCGACGCCGGCCGACCGCGCGCUCACCGGCCGGCCCGCCAACCGACUCUCGAUCGACUGCUCCAGCGCUCAGCGGGGACUGUUCGGGGGCAUCGUUACGGUCGUGCUGACGCUGAUCGUGCUCAUCAUGUACUUCGUGCUGCGCAAGGAGCGGCAUCUGCAGCAUGCCGCCACGCUGGAGAUAGUGGUGUACGAGAUCGCCCUCUACUCGGUAACGACCGGCGCGGUGGUGGCGGCGAUGGUGCGGAUGCGCGAUCUGCGGGUCGUCACCCAGCGCUCGGUGCGCGUCGGCAACCCAGCCGCCCUGCCGAUCGAUUGCCAUCUGCUGCUCGUCACGCAGACCGGCAUCUACAUCUACGGCGUCUUCUCCAUCAUCGGCACGUACCACACGCACGGUCAGCUGCUGCACUGGGCCGUACUGUCGGAGGUGCUCGCCCUGGCCCAAACGUCCCUCCAGACGCUGUUCGUGCUGAGCACCUGGUGGCGCCGGUGCAAGGGUGCCCGGCAAAACCGCACCAAGCCGGGCCGGGAGAUUGUCACCUUCCUGCUGGUGGCAAACCUUGCCGCCUGGAUGGUGAACUCGCUCGUCAAGAGCAACGCGAGCUUCCGGCCGCUCGUGAUGGGGUUUUAUGGGGCGGCCGCGUGGUCCAUCAUAGCGCACAUCUCGAUGCCGCUCGCCAUCUUUUACCGCUUCCAUUCGACGAUCUGUCUGUUCGAGAUCUGGAAGAACAGCUACAAGGCACGCUACAACGAGACAUGGUAG